AAAAAAUCUAUCCCGCAGUGCAGAUAUUUAUAUAUUUUGCUUUAAAUGCUGUAUCGCCGCUUGUGACAGUUCGUCAGGGUUGUGCCAUCUGCCUGCUCAAAUCCCUUCCCCUAAAAUGUCCCAUCGUGAGACUAUAUCUGUGCAGUGCGCUCGAGUGUAGCAGUUAGGCAGAGCUACCAGAAUCCUAAGCACCGUGAUCAAUCGUAUAUCUGGGACGGGCGAGCGCGUGCAUUCCGAGCGCCGUAGCCAAGUGUGUGGGCUGUAUAAUAGUCCACAGCCACGGAAUACGUCCCUACCCAGGCAUUUAUGUGUUUCUGCCCUCGAUACAUAAUGUUUGGACCCAAGACGCACCAUUGCUGUUGCUGCAGUCACACCACGGCUGUCGCAGGUGCACAUGCACCCACGUGCGAAUUCUGCAUGGAUUGCGCCACCACACGCAUCACGGAGUAAUCAAAGCAUCAUCUGGGCUGCAAAUCCAUUUCAAAUCCAAUUGCCUGCACUUCUGCAAACAGUAGCUGUCACAUUGAUGCACGGAAGACUCUGAAAUUGUCAUUGGGUGGCUGAUUCCUAAAAGCUGGAUGACUCUGCUUGAGAGCAUGACCCUCUGAAACCCAAUGGUCAUCUAAUUUGUUCAGGGCAUCUACUUCAGGAGAGUGAGGAAGUUUAAACAAAGGAUGUCAACCCUCUCAUUCAUCUGAAAUUUCAGGACAGCCUGUCCAUUUGCAUCUCUGCUGCUUCCACGGCACAGGGUCUGAUCCCAGGGCUGUCUUGUUGCAUGUGUGCCACUAGAUUUGGCAAGAAAUGCUGAUUUUACCCCUCAUGUCAGCAAGGCCCAGAAAGACAAAUCCAUCUUUAAUCUUCCUAAGUUCGGGAAACUACUGAUGUCACAUUGAGGCUUUCUGGAUGAUAUUCCAGUGAUAACGGCCUCCUUACAUAUUCCCCAAGCUUUGCCACUGCACUGACAUUGAGUAGCGGAUAAAAAAAACAAUCCCUGUUCACUGUUGCCUGAGUGUUGCCCGGUGAUGAAAUAUUCACACAGUAAGAGCCAGGAUUUGUACACGUGCAGAGCAAUCAAAUGCAUUCUAACACGCCAAGCUGGGUUUUUCACUGAAGCGGCACGUUAAUGUGGGGGUUUAAAUGUGGACGUGCGCUCUCUGCCUUUCCGCAUAAUGAGUCAACACACACUCGCAUUGUACGGUGGAGGUGUUUAAUCAUAAUAACUAAACAAAGUGCACUGUACCCGAGAAGGCGGAAUUCUCACUGUGGUGAAUUUAAAAUACAGAGAAACCGACUGAACCCUGUCUAUUAAAAUAUAUAUGUGUAAUCUACCAAUACCUGAAAGUUUCAGACUGCUUCUAGGAACAGAAUAAGACUUUUUUCCCCCUCCCCUAACGAAUUUAUGCGAGCCUCCUUUCAUAGUGCUCUCGUCAAUAAGCGAAGCACGGAAGCCUGCCUACGUUUGCACUGGGAGGCAUGCUAAAGAUGACGACAACCAUUGCAUUGGGCGCAUACGCAGGCUGAGUGGCUGAAGCCAAAGGAUCUUUCUUGCCCGUGACUGAUUCAAUUCAGAAAGUACGCCCUGCCACAGUUUUCACGCUUGAAUGCCCGCUCCGCAGUCUGCAGCCUUGAAUGGGAUUUAGCCUGUGUGUGAAAAGCGGGGAGCACUCACUGCUAAGUAUGGACAGCGAGAAGGGGAAUUCUGCCAUGAAGCUCUUCGUGCAUCAGCUGUCACUGACGGGAGAGGAGACCUUCAAAGUGAAGUCCUGGGCUGGGCUGUUUUCCAUCAUGCCUCAGAAGAGCCGAUGGCGGCUGCUUCUGCCUCUCCUGCUGAUGAUGACAUCUCUUGCAUCCCUGGCUCUCUGCGACUCCGCCGAUGCCGAGGACAAUGUAUAUGUGUGGCGAGCGGGUCCCUGGGGAGAGUGCGUCGGGGAAGAGUGCGGCCCAGUCGGCGUUCAGUCCCGCGCGGUGUGGUGCGCUCACGCCGAGAACUGGACCACGCUGCUGGGCAACUGCCGCGUGGAGGAGCGCCCGCCGAACCAGCGCAACUGCUUCCGCGUGUGCGAGUGGCACCGCGACCUCUUCGAGUGGGACACCGGCGAGUGGGGCAGCUGCAGGCCCCUGCUCGGCCGCGGCCCCUCGCCGCCGAGCCGCCGAUGCGAGCACAGCGAGGGCCAGCGCGGCGUGCGCACGCGGACGUUCGGCUGCGUCCAAAAGACCAACCGCUCGGCGGCGGUCGGCGACGAGGUGUGCGCGUACUUCGCCGAGCGGCCCAGCGCGGAGCAGGGCUGCGUGCUGCCUUGCCCGCGCGACUGCGUGGCGAGCGAGUGGGCGCCGUGGUCGUGGUGCCAGCGAGUGGGCAUGGGCACCUGCGGAGAGGGGUCGCGCCACCGCGUGCGGAGCGUGCUGGUGCCACCCUCGUAUGGAGGAACCAAGUGCCCCGAGCUGUCCCAAGCCGAGCCGUGCUUAGUGGAGGAAGUGUGCCCAACGGCUGAUGUAGAAGACGCGAACACCAAAAGCCAGUACCGGCUCAAGGUCGGAGCGUGGAGUGCGUGCCGCCCCAUGCCCCAGCCCAGGACCGCGCGUCACACCGACCGCCGCGUGCCCUCGUCGCUGUCCCCGGCGGCGGCGGCGGCGCCUUCGGCCGCGCCUCUGCACGCGCGCGGCGCACGCGAGGCCGCUCAGCAGGAGCAGGCCAGCCCACCUCGCUUGCGGGAGCUCCUCAAGCUGCGCCGGAGCAGAAACCGCGAGCGCAAGCAGGACGUGCGCCUGUGGGACGUGCAGCUGGGAUCCCACCGCCGCUCCGUGCUGUGCCUGGGCCGCGACGGCAAGCGCGUCGACCCGCAGUUUUGUGGGGACCCUGGCGGGCAGCCCGAGUCCCUGGAGCCGUGCGUGCUGUCGCGGGCCUGCGAGGUGGGCGAGUGGUCAGCGUGGGGCCCUUGCUCUCGCUCGUGCCGCUCGGAGGAGCCUGGCGCCGUGGGUGGGGCCGGCUUCCGAUCUCGCUCACGGCCCAUGGUGCAGGUGGCCCUGGGGGGCGGGCGGGACUGCCCGCCACUGGAGGAGGAUGCGCCCUGCAGCGCCAGUGAUCGGGAGCUGCCACCUUGUCCACGGUAUCGUUGGAGGGGCGCCGAGUGGGCCGAAUGCCGAGUGGACGCCCUGCUGAGCCAGCAGGACCGCCGGCGUGGGAACCAGACUGCGUGGUGCGGUGGGGGCAUUCAGACGCGGGACCUUUAUUGCAUCCUCGACGAUGAGAACAUAUUCUCCUACCUGAAGAGCUUGCGAGAACGUGGAGAGCUGCCUGGAAAUGAAAAAUGGAGGCCUACUAUUGUACCCUUGCUGUCUGUCCCACUGGAGAUCUCAGCUCCCAAGCCCGUGGAUGGCAGUGUGUGUCCUGCACAGCGGAGUCUGGAUGUGGGUCGCCUCUGUGACCUGCCGUGUCCCGCCGAGUGUCCUGUGUCAGCGUGGACUGCCUGGGGACCUUGUGUCCCCGAGAGCUGUGAGGAACCCCAAUCCAAGAAAGGUUUUAUGCUGCGCGAACGGAAGGUGUUGUUACCACCUUUCACCUCUGCCUCCUCUCCUUACUCCGUCUCCUCAUUGUCGGCACGGGAAUCCGGCCUGGGUGGCUGUCCCCACCUCGUGGAGGCCAUCCCUUGUGAGGACGCCCGCUGUCAUCGCUGGCAUGUAGCCGAAGUCAGCAUCUGCAUCCCCGGCAACACCAAGUGUGGCACUGGGACACAGUUCCAGCGAGUGGUCUGCUACGACCGGCAUGGCGCGGAAGCAGGGCCGGAGCUGUGCGGAGACCCGGGUUUCCCCACACAGCUGUCGUGCCUGGUGCCCUGCCCCAGCGACUGCGUGCUGAGCGAGUGGACGACGUGGUCGCCCUGCUCUCACACCUGCUCGAGCAAGAACGCGGAGGGCAAGCAGUCCCGCACGCGCUCCAUCCUCGCCUUCUCCGGAGACGGCGGACAGGACUGCCCUGGUGAGCCUGGCCUCCAGGAGUGGCGACCGUGCAACGAGUACGCCUGCACCGUUUACCACUGGCAGGCGGGGCCCUGGGGACCCUGCGCCGAGGAGCCCAGCCUCGGGGUGCAGCAGAACGCAACGGAGGGGGCGGCCGCAUCGACUGGAGAAACGGCCUGCGCUCCUGGCGUGCAGACACGCAAGGUCAUAUGCGUUCGCGUCAACGUGGGGCAAGUCAGCGCCAAGAAGUGCCCGGAGAACCUGCGCCCAGAUCCCGUACGCCGAUGCUUGGUGCUGUGCAGGAAGGACUGUGUCGUCACCCCCUAUAGUGACUGGACUCCCUGUUCUCUCACGUGCCUGCAUGAAGGGAUGCUCCCUGCCAGGCAAUCACGCUAUCGAAUGGUCGUUCAGCGAGCAGCAAACGGUGGACGAGAGUGCCCUGACGCUCUGUAUGAGGAGCGCCCCUGUGAUGUCCCUCCCUGCCCCAAGUACAGAUGGAAAACACACAAGUGGCGCCGUUGCCAGCUGGUGCCUGAUUCACUGAGGCACAGCGGUGAUGGUGCAGGGGGCACGCACGUUGGCACCCCAGAGCGCUGUGGACCCGGACUCCAGAUCAGAGCGCUGACAUGCCGCAGGGAGGACGGCGGGCAGGCUGACCCCCAGGAAUGCUUCCGUUGGGCCUCGCCAGCGCCAGGGCUCACCCAGCCAUGCCGCGUGGCAUGCCAGGACGACUGCGUGUUCACCUCCUGGUCCCGCUGGAGCCCCUGCACUGCCCCAAGCUGUGGCUUGAACCGCUCUCGAAGGCGAGCCCCCACCGGCAAGAGCAAAAAGAAGCCGCGCUGCCGGGACCUUCAGCUCUACCCGCUGCUGGAGAGCCAGCCGUGCCCGUGCGUGCACUACAGCCCCCAGCCCAUGGGGGGUUGGUCCGACUGCGUCCUGCCGGAGGGAAAGGCGGAGGCGCAGCUGGGCAUGCGGGUGACGGGAGACCUGCGCGAGUGCGGCCAGGGCACGGCGUACCGAGCGCUCGCCUGCUUCGACCAGGAGGGCAGGCUCGCCGACCUCGCGCUCUGCAGCACCGCCGACUACCAGGAGGAGUCGUGUGUGGUGCCGUGCCCGUCGGACUGCAAGCUCAGCGAGUGGUCGAGCUGGUCACGGUGCACUAAGUCUUGCGGGAGCGGCAUGAAAGUUCGCUCCAAGUGGCUGCGGGAGAAACCCUACAACAGAGGCCGACCAUGCCCGAAGCUGGAUCACGUUAAUCAGGCACAGGUGUACGAGGCCGUUCCGUGUCACAGUGAGUGCGGCCAGCAUGUGUGGAUUUCUGAGCCCUGGACUGUGUGCCAUGUGACGCGCAUCGGAGCCACUGACAGCUGUGGAGAAGGGUCACAGACGCGGACAGUUCGGUGUGUCGUGAACACAGUGGAGGGGCCUGGAGACACUGUAGACGACCCUCUUUGUGACACGGACGUGCGGCUGGACGGGGUGCGGCAGUGUCGGCUGCCUUGCCCCAAUGAGUGCGUCAUGUCAGAGUGGGGACCCUGGACCAAGUGCCCACAGCCGUGCGAUGUGGAGACGGUGCGAAUCCGCUCGCGCUUCAUCCAGCGCAUGCCGGCCGACGGCGAGACCUGCCCUGAGGACACAGAGUCAGAACACUGCGUGCUCAACCAAAACUGCUUUCACUACCGCUAUAACCUCACUGAGUGGAGCACCUGCCAGCUGAGUGAGCGUGCCGUGUGUGGACAGGGCAGCCGCACUCGCAUGCUGGACUGCGUGCGGAGCGACAGCAAGUCCGUCGACCUCAAGUACUGCGAGGCCCUGGGCUUGGAGCGACCCCGUGGCAUGGGUGAGCCGUGCUCAGUGGAGUGCUCCCUCAACUGCCAACUCUCCGAGUGGUCCGCCUGGACCUCCUGCUCCCACACCUGUGGCCUCAAUGGUUGGACGAUCAGGAGUCGAAGGGUUCUGCAGGAACCACGUGGUGAGGGCAGAUCUUGCCCUCUUCAGAUGGAGCAGAACAAGCCCUGUGCGGUCACACCCUGCUACCGCUGGCAGCUUGGAGAGUGGUCUGAAUGCAAAGUGGAGGGUGGCGACUGUGGAGAGGGCACGCGGGAGAGGAACCUCACGUGCCUGGUUCACAACGGCACGGAGCAGCAUGCAGGCGUCGGGAACGCGGUGGAGGAGGAGCUCUGUGCUGAGGCGGAGCCUGUGCUGGGUACCGAUGAGCAGCCAGGGUUGCGAGUGCCCUGCAGCGUCCCCUGUCCAGGUGACUGUCGUUUGAGUGACUGGUCAGAGUGGGGCCCAUGCCAGUUGACAUGCGAGGGAAGCGUGUCGCUGGGAGGGGUUGGAGUGCAAGCUCGGUCCCGAGCUGUCAUCGCCCUGGAUGGAGGCGAUCAGGACUCUUGUCCUGACCAGCCGUGGGAGGCCCGCGACUGUGACGAGGGAAGCUGCUACACUUAUGAGUGGAAAACCAGCCCCUGGAAAGGAGCUCAGCGGCUGGUGUGGUGUGAGCGCUCCGACGGCAUCCACGUUACAGGAGGAUGCUCACCAAUGACUCAGCCACAGUCAGUGCGAGUGUGUGAACCUCCUUGCCUCUUGCCAAACUCCUAUUGUGCUCAGGGGGGCGUGUGCCGGUGUGAGGAGGGUUACCAAGAGGUGAUGACUCCUCGGGGUCUCCUGGAGCACUGCAGCAAGUUGCAGCCCGGCCGGGACGGGGAGCCCCCGAAUGAAGGGCAGCCGGCCACCCCGGACCACGGGCCUGGAUGGGAAAACACCGAUGACCCUGGGCCAAGUGAGGUGUUGCGUACGUGGACUCUGCAGCCUUAUGGGCCAGAUGGCAGGUUGAGGACCUGGGUGUACGGGGUUUCGGCAGCGGCUCUCGUGCUCCUGGUUUUCAUUAUUUCUAUGACUUACCUCGCCUGCAAAAGACCCAAACGACAAAUGCGGCGUGUUCCAAAGAGGAAGCCUCUGCCCCUGGCAUACGAUGGGGAUGCAGACCUUUAGCCAUGGUGUCUUCAGGGACAGCAGAUUGUAGUCGCUGGAUAAAGAUAUACAAUUAAGGGAUUUGGCAGCUGAAAAUUCUGCUGGGAUGACUCGAAGUGAAGACCUCUGUCACCUGGCACAACAACUUUAAGGGCCUUCAACGGAUCUCAUUCUUCAGACGUCAUGAAAAGAAACUGCUGAUCCCGCGGCAUCCUGCUGAAGUGGUGCGACAAGUGUGUGUUCUGUCUUUUCUUGUCAGUGGGAUUAUUUUUCCAUCCUCUAUUUUACUACAAACAAGAGAAAGGACAAAAGCCAUGUGUAAAAUUAUGGUAAGCAGACCCCCAACGGGAAGAAGAUUAUUUGAUAUUAUCAAAGAAGAUGAAAAAUACAUGUGAUUGAGAUCUUUGCGAAGGCUGUCGUAACUCAAAAUCCAGUUGUGUUUAAAUCAGCAUUAAAUGGCUGAAGGCUGCAUUCUUAGCUGUAGAAAAAUCCAUAAAAUAAGUCGGAAAACCAAUAACAGAAUAUGAGCUGCCACAAACCUUAAUUAUCUCUGCAGAUUCUGCUUGUAUUUUAUAAUGAGACUUUAAAGAUGGACUCUUGUUUCCAGAACACUUGAAGCAGACAUACUUUGUCAGGUUUGACUGCCUCAUUUCCAUUUAAUUGCCCUUUUCACAGUUUCUGUUAAUCCCUAGUGAUAUGCCAGCCUUGGAUGAGCAGAAGGCCAGCUUUCCGAUGUCAACUGAUUAACUGCAAAUGCAGGAUAGUCUUAAAUGUUCAACACAGAACUCAACCGAGGACUAUUUAAAGACAAUACAAAAAGAUGAAAUGGUCGGCUUAUUGCACUACGUUAGUGCAGUCUUGGUUUGACAGUCACAAACGUCCUCUCGGAGCUCUUUACAAUGCUGCCCAUCUGCAGUGAGAGAGUGCACACAGGACUAAAACACACAAUCUGGAAACACAUCAAACUGUAUGACGGUUAAUGCUUCGUCUCAUCAUAGUCCUGUGCUGCACAUUUAUUCUGCUGGGCUCCAUAGAAAAGGGUGUCGUUGUUGUCAAUGUAUUCUCUUGGCUGCCAUGGAUAUAUUGUUUCUGUGUCUCUGAUGCAUACAUAUUUGCCAUUGUCGCAAUGUGGAGGGUAGGGCAUUGCCUUAAGAGCACCAUAUGACACUUGCAUGUGUAGUGAUGUACUCACACGGACACUCUUAGCUAUUCUCCUGUGUCACUUUAUUUUACCUCGCAUCCAGCGUGGAUGCUCCUCACUUACACUAACACACACACACCCCCUUGUUCCGAACUCCCUGCUGUACUCCGCUAUCUCUCUCUAUACUCCGCUAACUCUCUCCUGCUUCGCUCACACCUCCACCCUUGUCCCUGCCCCCAGCAGGGGAUCAGCCAACACUGCUGAGGAGGGCGAGGUCCCAGGUGUCUUCUCCCCAACUCUUGUGUAUUAAUCCCUUGAGCACCAACCAAUCACCUCCCUGUGUUGCUCCACACACUCCCUUAUAUCUCCCUCCUCAUUAGGGGUCCUCACUUACCCCCAGUAAAGCUGGUGCCUCCAGCACGUGCUUUCUCUCUCUUAUCGUCUCCAUCUCCCGCUUCUCCGGCGUCUACCCCAUGUUCCAACGCUCUGCACCUGCUCGUCGCCAGAUGCACCCGCUCAAUUAAUGCUUCUCCCCCUAAUUGCUGCCGCCUCUCUGGCGCCUGAUCCACGUCUCCCCGCUUACACCUGCCACGACCUCAGUUGCACCCUCUCUUCGCUAACCUCGUGUUACACAUCACCACCCCCCACCCCAUGAGGAAAAAAACCCAGCCAUCCCGGCUGACCUCAUAUACAACUCCAGUAACGCGCGAACCCGUGACACAGGUAACAACAAGAACCAUGAGAAGAAGAGAAAAAAGAGUACAACAAUAAUAACAGUUCUUGGGAGUGUAAAAGUGCAGUCUGUUCCGCCAAGGAUAGAACGGCGCAGCGGUCUGUGGCGCCGUCCAUCCCACGUUCCUCAACCGAACGAAAUUCUCCGGAAGCGGGUUCCAGCGGCCGGCCCGUCCCCGCGAACUGGGUCCAGCACGUCUGAAGGAGGAGAAGGGCUAGAACUGGACGAGGAGCGAUGUCCCUUCCAUGGCGAACGGUGUACUGAUGGAGGGUCACAUGGGAAUGCAACUGUCAUAACUCUCGGGUUAAACGUAACUCUCCAGGUCCAGGUUCAGUAGCGUCAGUGGCUGCGCUGUCAUUCCCUUAGAUCUCUUGCGUUUCACUCGAUGCGAGUCCACAGAGUUGUCAGUUUCGAGUUACCCUGCACUCUGGUUGAACUCCGAGUCCAGGUUCAGCGGGCACCACCACCAGCAGCCAGAGGUGGUCGGAUACGCACCACCACGUGCACACGGCUACUGGCACUGCCACCACUACCACCAGCGCCAUUUCCACCAACACUACCACCAUUCACCGCUACACAUGACCCAUCAACCUGCUCCAGAGGCCGAGGUGAUGCCGGAAAUGAAUGGAAAAUAGGUAACAAAAUCAAGGUGGCCGAGGCACCUGUGUCGAACAACACCCAGACCUGCACUCCCUGGAUAAGGCCCAUUACAUCCGACGAUCCCGCCGCGGCACCGACCACUAGAUAGGCCAAUGCACACCACUGCUCAUUGUCCCACAGUCCCGCAGCCAACGACCCAACACGGCGAGCUUCCGAUGUGACGGCAUGAAUAGUAACAGGGUGAACGGACGCGAGGUGCGAUGUGGAUGAGUGAUGGGAGGAAAACGGCCGUGUGUAUGGUGCGUCGUGACUCGCCUGUGUGCGUUGGGAAGAGGAGGUGCUAAUGCUAGAGAUUGAAGGGGGCCUGGGCAAACUACCGAAGCACAGACGGCAAUUCCUGGCGAUGUGUCCUGUCCGGCCGCAGUUGAAGCAUGCCCGCGAAGAGGGCGUAGUCGGUGGGGCACUCCCUGGUGUCCACUCGAUCGGCAACCGGCUUCCUCGCCAUUCUCCUCGUCAUUGACCUUGGGUUCAGGAUGCAUACGCUGAACUGCCAUCACUGGACUCCAAGUCCCUUUUUUCGUCAGUGCACACCAUCGCUGCAGGCCAUCCUCUGAGGCUCAGAUGAGCUUGUAUAUUUCGAGCGACUUGGAGGGACGUGAGGUCUUCAUUGUCGGCGAUGGCAAGGACAAUGCCCAGCUCCCUCGCCAGCGCCAAGAGCCGCUCCAGGGCGAGCGAGUCAAGGGCAGCUCGAUCCAUGGAGGGUCGGCCACUUGUCCGAGAGAGCGCUGCGGAACACCAGAGACGUUUCCGUGUCCGCCUGUUUCCGGAGCAGGAAUUUUGUACGGAUAUUUGAUGGUGGGUCAAAGAUUGCUGCCAUCGCGGAGCAGCCGUCGGUGAAUGAAGAACGAUCAGCCUCAGGGAUGGAGUAGAAUGUGGCCAAAGAAUCAUCAUCCAGGGCCGUCAGCAAGGCCGGUAGCGCCUCGACUGCAGACCAGUCCACCAAACAAUAUGCCGCCUCGAAGCGACGGCGGAACGCCAUCCAAUCACCCCCAGCCGCGGAGAAAGUGCUGACCGGAGGCAACCGGCGCAUCGGAGAAGGCCGCACAGUAGGCGAAGCAGCCAUAGAAUCUGGCACGGCCGCUGAAAUGGUGGGAGCCACUUCUGCCCGUGGAAUGGCGGGAAGAGUCGGCGCAUCCACCAGCGCCGCCGCCAAAGUCGUCGCCUGAGUUUCCGUCAGCUUGUCGAACAGGUAGUAACCGCUGACAGCAUCCUCUCCAUGUAGGCAGCGACGUCCCACCAACCAAAACUUGGUUCGAAGCUUUCGUGACUGCAGGAAUUAAUCUUUGGUUCUUUCGGUAAAGUCACGUAUAAAUAAGAAAUAAUAAAGUAACAUAAUAGCGUACGACGUUUCGGUUGCAACACAAGCAGCCAUCAUC